AUGCCAAGAGUAAUUCUCGAGUCUCAUUCAAAGCCGGCAGACUCUGUUUUUCUACAACCAUGGAUAAAAGCAUUAAUUGAAAACAAUUCGGAGCAUAAUCAACAUCAUCCUUCUGAUCAUGUAAUUCCUAUCCUGACCAAGCAGGACUUGGCGCUACCGCACAUGAGCCCCAAAAUAUUAACCAACCCAUGCCACUUCGCCAAAAUUACAAGAUUUUAUAACGUUUGCGAUUAUAAGGUGUGUGCAUCUAUAAGAGAUUCCACGCACCAAAUACUUAGUUGA